AUGACGUUGAAGCAUGGUAAAGCCUCCACCAACACCACUCAACAUUUCAAAAAUGAUGAAGAAGAAGAAGAUAUCAAUAUCGAAUCCGAAACAAAAAUCAUUGAUUAUGAUAGUGAAAUUGAUGAAUCUAUCAAUACCGACGAGCUUGAAAAAGAAGCUAAAUUCACCAUAAAGAGUACUCUAGCUCCCUAUUUUGCUAAUUAA